AUGUUGGCGAUGAUUGGUGAGUACGUGGGAACUCUGCUCUUCACAUUCUUUGCAUUUGGCGGCGCUCAAGUCGCACUUGUCCCAAGUACGAGUAUCACGGGUGCCACAGCAACGGCAAAUGCUGACGGGUCUGCCGCGGCAGCCGAGACUAUUCAAGCACCAAAUACCUCUUCGUUGCAAUUUGUUGCCCUGAGUUUCGGCUUCUCGCUCACAGUGACGGCCUGGACGUUUUAUCGUGUGUCUGGUGGUCUGUUCAACCCUGCUGUCUCCUUGGGCCUGGCUCUUGUUGGUGUCAUUACCCCUAUGCGCGCUGUAUUGCUCACGAUCGUUCAAUGCCUUGGUGCUAUUACAGGCGCUGCUCUAAUCCAGGUCAUCAUCCCUGGUCCGCUGUACGUCACAACUCGUCUUGGUGGAGGCAUGUCGCCAGUGCGCGGUCUGUUCAUGGAAAUGUUCUUGACGACCAUGCUCAUGCUCACCAUCUUGCUUCUGGCUGCAGAGAAGUCUCGGGCUACCUUCUUGGCGCCCAUUGGUAUUGGUCUCGCGUUGUUCAUCACGCAACUUGUCGGCGUAUUCUACACUGGCGCUUCUGUGAAUCCAGCCCGCACCCUUGGUCCUGAUGUGGUGAUUAGAUCGUUCCCAUCAUACACAUGGAUCUACUACGUGGGACCUGUGCUAGGUACGUUGCUUGCAUGCGCAUUCUACAAGAUGAUCAAGUUCUUGCACUAUGAGACUGUCGUU